AUGGUGAGCCCGGGGCGGCCUCUCCCCGCGGGGACCCGGCGGGCGGCCUCGCUGCUCCGCCCCAGCCUUCUCCUCCUCUUGCUGCUGCUGCGGGGCACCGAGGCGCAGAAAGGUGAUGGGUGUGGACACACUGUGUUGGGCCCUGAGAGCGGGACCCUGGCCUCCAUAAACUACCCCCGGACCUCUCCCAAUAGCACAGUUUGUGAGUGGGAAAUCCGUGUGAAGCCUGGGCAGCGGGUGCAGCUCAAGUUUGGUGAUUUUGAUAUUGAUGACUCAGAUUCCUGUCAUUCCAGUUACCUCAGAGUUCAUAAUGGCAUUGGCCCCAACAGGACAGAGAUAGGAAAAUACUGUGGGUUUGGCUUUCAAAUGGAUGGUUUAGUUACUUCAAAAAGUAAUGAAGUCACAGUACAGUUCAUGAGUGGAAUUCAUACUUCUGGACGUGGAUUUCUUGCAGCUUAUUCAACCACUGACAAAUCAGACUUAAUUACCUGUUUAGACAAUGCAAGUCACUUUUCCGAACCAGAAUUCAACAAGUAUUGUCCAGCUGGAUGUGUGAUUCCUUUUGCUGAUAUUUCAGGCACUAUCCCUCAUGGAUACAGAGAUUCAUCACCACUUUGUAUGGCUGGUGUUCACGCAGGCGUCGUGUCAAAUACGCUGGGUGGUCAAGUUAAUGUUGUGAUCAGCAAGGGCAUUCCGUACUAUGAAGGCUCCUUGGCUAACAAUGUCACCUCAAAAGUGGGACCCUUAUCUACAAGUCUCUUCACCUUUAAGACGAGUGGUUGCUAUGGGACACUGGGGAUGGAAUCUGGGGUGAUUCCUGAUUCCCACAUCACAUCAUCAUCUAUUCUUGAGUGGCCUAACCAAACAGGACAAAUAAACAUUUGGAAACCUGAAAAUGCCAGACUAAAAAGGAUUGGACCUCCUUGGGCUGCUUUUAUCAGUGAUGAAUAUCAGUGGUUGCAGAUCGACUUGAAUAAAGAAAAGAAAAUAACUGGUAUUAUAACUACUGGAUCAACUUUAGCAGAGCAUUACUAUUAUGUCUCAGCCUACAGAAUUUUAUACAGUGGUGAUGCACAGAAGUGGACAGUGUACAGAGAACCUGGCAUGGGUAAAGAUAAGAUAUUUCAAGGGAAUACUGAAUUGUACCAGGAAGUUCGCAAUAAUUUCAUUCCGCCUAUUAUUGCACGUUUUUUUAGGAUUAACCCCUUAAAAUGGCACCAGAAAAUAGCAAUGAAAGUAGAGUUGCUAGGAUGUCAGUUUAGUAUAGGUCGUGCUCCUAAAAUCACUUUGCCACCACCACCUCAGAACAGGAAUGAUGAGAAGAAUGCUGACUUCAUGGAUGACUUCAUUCAUUCAAUGAAGACUUCACUGCAGACAGAUAAAACAACUUCCACACCUGAAAUAAAAAACACUACAGUGACUCCAAGUGUAACCAAAGAUGUGGCAUUGGCAGCAGUUCUGGUUCCAGUGCUGGUGAUGGUCUUCACUACUCUGAUUCUUAUCUUAGUUUGUGCGUGGCAUUGGAGAAACCGCAAGAAAAAAACUGAGGGCACGUAUGAUCUACCUUACUGGGAUCGUGCAGGAUGGUGGAAAGGGAUGAAGCAGUUUUUCCCAACCAAAUCAGCAGAACAUGAAGAAACUCCUGUACGCUACAGCAGCAGUGAAAUCAGUCAUCUAAGACCAAGAGAAGUCCCAACAAUGUUGCAAACAGAGUCUGCAGAGUAUGCUCAGCCCCUGGUAGGGGGAAUUGUGGGCACGCUUCACCAGAGAUCAACCUUCAAACCAGAGGAAGGAAAAGAAGCCAGCUACGCUGACUUGGACCCUUACAGUUCCCCCAUCCAAGAAGUGUACCACGCCUAUGCCGAGCCACUGCCUGUAACCGGACCCGAGUACGCAACUCCGAUAAUCAUGGACAUGUCCAGCCAUCCCAGCACACCUCUUGGUGCUCCUUCCAUUUCCACCUUCAAAGCUGCUGGGAAUCAGGCUCUUCCACUGGUUGGAACAUGCAAUAAACUGUUAUCCAGGACUGACAGUACAUCCUCAGCACAGGCACUGUAUGAUAUACCAAAGGGGCAACCAGGGCCAGGGAGUGCAGACCAACUUGUGUACCAGGUGCCACAGAGUGUGGGCCAUCCCACUGUGAGUAAGGAUGAACAAAGUUAGCUCAUGAGUAGGGUAGAAUGAUGGCUUGUUUCUAAAAGCCAGUUUCAUAAAGCUCACAGUUUCACUUUUUAAAUUCCAUCCUUUUGGUAUUGUUAGUCUUAAAUAAUACAACGGUGAACCAAAAGGUCUGGGGAAACAGUAAUUCUGCUUUUCCUUCAGCUGUAUGUACAAUUAACAGCUUGUCUCCUGCAAAAAUGUGGACUUUUUUAUUACUACUAUACAAUUGUCUGCCAGACAUGAGAGAAGAACUCUUCAUUAUUAGCUCCAGUAAUUCACAGAUGUGAGUGAUAAAUUGGGAGAAACAGUUUAAGUACAAAAGCCAGUUACUUCUUCCUAAUGGUACUAUUUCCUGGGGGAAAAAACUCCACCUCAAUACCCAAAGCUCUUAAUUUCUGUGAAAGCAUUACAGUUUCUAAAAUUCCUCUUUCCUUGUAAAAUAGCUCCACAAUUUUGGACUUAACAAGCUACUGUCAGGACUGAUGGAAAAAAUCCCUUUAGCUUCAUGGCAUAAAAUAGUUUUGAUUCUGAAUUACAUUAUUUCAGCUUUUGUUAACCAAGUUGGGAAUUUUCAGCUGUGUGUUCCUCAGAAAGUUCCUGCCUUUUUGGUUAGGUUAACCUUCCAAACUAGAAGCUGCUGUCUGUCCAAUCUUUCUUCUGCCUCUUCUCCUUAAGCCACUCAGUCUUACUCCUUCCUAGGGAUCCAGGAGGCACAGACUGACACAAGCAGACUACCUGGCAACUGCUUUUACAUUUUUCCCUGUGCUGUGAGGGCCACUUGAACAGCAUUUGCCUCUAAGUCAGGCUUCCCUGAUGCUCAGUGCAAGAAGCAUCCAGGUCAUGGAGGUGACCUGAAUUGAGAAGGGUCCUGCCCUGCCCUCCCCCUGAUUGUCCAUUAUUCUGCGUUCAGGUGUGAGCUUAUACAAAAAGAUCUGUAUAUACUUUUGUGAGUAUUUAAGGAAGCACACAAAUAUUCUAAUGGUGCCCAGUUUGUGUUAGAAAUGCAUUUAGCACAUAUGGUACAUUUUAGCACAACUACCAAAUUUAGUGUUAGGGGGUUUUUUUAUGAUUAGUAUUAGAAGCAUGAAAGAUUCCAAAACCUUUGCAAAAGAAUCAGUAUUCCAAAGAGUGUUCAUUUCAGAUGUAUUUAUUGGAAUUUGUUUCCUUUGAAUGUUCCCCUGUUCUGUACUGUGAAAACAUUGCAGUUGGUCAUUUACUGGGAUAAUGUAGACUCAUUUUAGCUAGGUAAUCAUAAAAUGAAAACAGUCUGAAUGGCAUAUUUGCCAUUUUUAAUCUUGUUUUUAAAAAAAGCACAGCUUUCUCUCCUGAGUAGGAGAAAACCCCAUUAUAAAAAUGCUGUAUUUUUAUUCUAAGAGCACUGUUGGAAGGAUGCUGAAUCAAUUUGUACAUGUGGGACCCCCUCCCUACACAGUAGCCAAGUGUUAUAGACUUCUGUUCAUUUGUUGUGCAGUUCAAAGCCUUGUUUACUGCCCAGGUCCUUAAAUGGUGUGACAACAUCUGAAUGGAAACUGCAGUGCUAUUCAAGGGGCUGCCACUGUGCCUUAAUACCAGUACAGUAUCCUCACUCACCACUUGAAAAUCUAUUUGCAGAGGAGCUGUAUAUAAGCUCUGGAGUCAAAAAUCACUUGUGGCCUGUUCAGCAUCUAAAGUAUGAUAUGUAGAAACAUAGACUGGCUGGGGUUGGAAGAGACCUUAAAGGUCAUCUAUUUUCAAUCCCUUGCCAUGGGCAGGGACACCGUCCACUAGAUCAGGUUGCUCAGAGCUCCAUUGAACCUGGCCUUGAACUCUUCCAGGGCUGCGGUAGCCGUGAUUUCUUUGAGCAACCUUUUUUAUUGGCUCACCACCCUCACAAUGAAGAAUUUCUUCCUUAUCUCUAACCUAAACUUCACCUCUUUCUGUACCCAUUUUCCCCCUGUCCUGUCACUGCAGUUCCUGACAAGGAGUCCCUCUCUGGCUUCCCCAUGAGCCCCUUCAGAUAGUGGAAGGUUGUAAUGAGGUUUCCACACAACCACCUCCUCUCCAGGCUGAACAGCCCCAACCUUCUAAGCCUGUCUCCAGAGGGGAGGUGCUUCUGUCUCCACGUCCUUCUUAUAUUGGGGGCACCAGAGCUGGCUGCCGCACUCCAGGUAGGGUCUCAUCUGAGCAGAGGGGAAUCCCUCACCCUUCUGGCCACGCUCCUUUUGAUGCAGCCCAGGGUUCCAUUGGUUUUCUGGGCUGUGAGAGCACACUGCUGGCUCAUACUGAGUUUUUCAGCAACCAUCACCCCCCAGUCCUUCUCUGCAGGGUUGCUCUCAGUCACUUCUCUGCUUAACCUGUCUGUGAGCCUGGGAUUGCCCUGACCCAGGGUGUAGGACAAUACCUUGUUCAACUCCACAGGGUACCAGCUCUUGGGGCUGUCCAGUCCUUCUGGAUGACAUCCCUUCCCUCCAGCAUGCUGACUGCACCUCAGCUUGGUGCUGUGGGCAAACUCACUGAGGGUGUGCUCAGUCCCACUCCCCCUGUCACCAGCAGAGAUGCUGAACAUUUUCUGUCCUACCUUAAAGCCCAAUUCUACAAUUUCUGAUCAUACAUUCUCAUUCACUGAGGAUUACAUAAUUAUUUGUUUAGAGCUGGAUGUCUUAAGCCUAAAUGUGAAUGUAAGGAUGGGAUAAGACCCAUGUGAACAGCAAAUUCCUGCCUGUAAUUGUACUUCUGAUGUUACUGCAGCUUUUUCUGCCUUAUAAAAAUAGUCUGCAAUCUUUGUAGUUUUGCUUAAACAGGUAAGUAACUGUAAUUAGCUGUCAGCAGCAACUGUGACUGAAAUUAUCUGAGCUGAUUUUGUUUCAAGGAGUGGGACGUUGUUAGUUUCCUCUAAGAUGUGACAAUACAGCUACAGCCAAGUUAAGAAUCCUCUCUGUUCUCAACCUGUUAGAAAAAAAAAAUCUACCAUAAAAAUUAAUUGAUGUGUCCAAGUCAGUAUAAAUAACACACCUGGAUUUAAUUUUUACUGCAGACCAGGAAUGAUAGAACUGUGGAUAGCUGAAGGCUAAGGUGGUGUAAGAAUUAAGCAGUUUCUGUACAGUGGGUUAUUCUUUAAACAAACAUAAUAAUGCAACUUCAUAACUUGAGGAGCAUGAGCUGUUAAAGAAAUUGAUGUUUUUAAAAUGUAAGCCCCUUUUCAAAAGGAAUUUGGUCUCAGGCUUUGCUCUUGCUUCAGACUUUGGAGAUGUUAUCUGCUAGGGCUGAGAUACAGUUGAACAUGUAACAGGUUUAAUUGCAUGACACACUAAGACUAGAAUUUGCCUGUGUACAAUAAAGCAAAGGUACAUUUCAUGGGUCUCUCUUGUAUGUGAGGACAUGUAUAUAAAAUGUAUUUCAAUCUUGUUUGGCUUGAGUAUUCUCCCAGAAUGUAUGUUCUUACCUCAGCAUGUAUUGUAGUUGCUCAGUAUUUGUAUAUGUUGCUAGACUUAGAUUGUAUAAAUAGUGAGGGGGUUUUAUAUGUUAAAAAGUAUUUUAAAUAAAUUGUACAUAUG